GGAGGUCCAUAGGAGUGUUUUAAUCCUGGCGCUGGGUGCCUGUGAACUACAUUACCCAGAAGAGCGCGCGUCGAUGGACGGCAUCUCUGACCAAUGAAGACAGAAAAGAGAGUCGUUUCUCGGUGUGCGCCUAACGUCGGGGCGGGACUUCUGGUUUCAUCCCCCUGGCGGUAUUUUUGCCUCUUUUCAUUAGUCUUCACCCGCUAAUGUUCGGGACCGAGGCGACUAACUAACAAAGCCCGAGGAGAAGCGGUGUCCCCGCCUCGCAGACGGCUCCACGAGUCGGCGACGCCGUCCGGGCUGCCCCGUCCCGGGGUCGGGAUAAGGACCGCGGGCCCGGGUGUCCGUUCUCCCAGGGGGUCCGAUGGCGGCGGCCGCGCGCAGGGACCCGACUGAGGGCACUGUGACCUUUGAGGAUGUGGCCGUGUACUUCUCCGGGGAGGAAUGGGGUCUCCUUGAGGAGGCUCAGAGACGCCUGUACCAGGAUGUGAUGCUGGAGAACUUGGCACUUGUAACCUCCCUGGGUUGUCAGCAUGGAGCAGAGAAUGAGGAGGCACCUUCUGAGCAGAGCGUUUCUGUAGAAGGAGUGUCCCAUGUCAGGACUCCCAAGGCAGGUCUCUCUCCCCAGAAGGCCAGCCCCUGUGAGGUGUGUGCUCCAGUCUUGAAAGACAGUUUCCAGUUGGCUGAGCACCAGGAAACCCGGUUCGAUGAGAAAUUGUACACUGGUGGGACACAUGGGAAAAGAGUCUAUUUCAGCGGAAACCUUCAGCUGCAGCAGAAGGAGCACACUGGAGAUCAGCCCUUCAGAAGCAGCGCGAGUGGAGCUUCGGUGGCAAAGAGCUGCAGACGGCAUGUGUCAGGGAAGCCCUUCAUCUGUGGGGAGACUGAGAAGGACUUCCUGGUCAGCUCGGGAUUCCUCCAGCAACAGGCCACACACACUGGGGAGAAGUCAAACAAUGGAACUGAGUGUGGGGCAGCCUUCCACAAGGGAAAAACUCAACACCACUGGGGAGACUGCACAGAAGCUCUCAGCAACCAACACACAUUUGUUCAUCACCAGAGAGUCCUCCCCGGGGAAAGAUGUUACAUGUGCAGUGAGUGUGGGAAAUCUUUUAGCCAUAACUCUAGCCUCAUUAAACACCAGAGAGUUCACACCGGAGAAAGGCCUUAUGCGUGUGGGGAAUGUGGGAAAUCCUUUAGCCAAAGCUCCAACCUCUUUCAACAUCGGAGAGUUCACACUGGAGAAAGGCCCUAUGAGUGCAGUGAAUGUGGGAAAUCUUUUAGCCAAAGUUACAGCCUGAAUAACCAUCGGAAAGUUCAUACCGGAGAAAGGCCUUUUGAGUGUGGAGAAUGUGGCAAAUCAUUUAGUCAAAGAUCCAACCUCAUUCAGCAUCGGAGAAUUCACACUGGAGAAAAGCCUUAUGAGUGCAGUGAAUGUGGGAAGUCCUUUAAUCAAAGCUCUGCACUCCUGCAACACCAUACUGUUCACACUGGAGAAAGACCCUAUGAGUGCAGUGCAUGUGGGAAAUCCUUUACCUACAGUUCCAGUCUCUUAAAACACCAGAAAGUCCACACUGGAUCAAAGCCUUAUGAGUGUAGUGAAUGUAGGAAAUCUUUUAGCCAGAAUUGCAGCCUUGUUCUACAUCUGAGAGUUCACACUGGAGAAAGGCCUUAUGAGUGCAGCAGAUGUGGGAAAUCUUUUAGCCAAAGCUCUGCGCUCCUUAAACACCAGAGAGUUCACACUGGAGAAAGGCCAUAUGAGUGCCGUGAAUGUGGGAAGUCCUUUAGGCGAAGCUCCAACUUCAGUGACCAUCGAAGGGUUCACACUGGAGAAAGGCCAUAUAAGUGCAACCAGUGUGAGAAAUCCUUUAGUAAAAGCUCUGGCCUCACUCGACACCAGAGAGUUCAUACUGGAUUGGGGCUUAUGAGUGUCUUGAAUGAGAAAGCCAUUAGCCAAAGGCCUUACCUCAUUGAUUACCACAAAGUGCACAUGGCAAAAACAACUUAGUUGUGUAGCAAAUGUGUUUCCUUGUUCAGUGUAACAGCACUCAAGGCAAUCUCUUUUGAGGGUGCCAUCUGCCUGUUGAGCCUCAUGCAUCCAGACAUCAGAAUAAAUGGCAGGUAUGUGGGAGCUGCAUUGCAUGUUUCAGCGUAGGCCCGUGUCAGGUUUUUAUUACUGUUGAUUCUGUAGCAGCAGCCAUUCACCUCUGCCACAUGGCAGGUGCCACACGUGUAUCAUUUCUCCAUCUUGACAUGUUCAGAGAAGUAAACCUUCCUGUUUUCCCAUUUGUGGUAAAUAUGUGAGAAGCCAAAGUACUCAUUCCUUUCUGUCUGAUGACCCAGUUGUGGUCCAGAGGACUCCAUCUGACUUUCCAAGUCACCUUUUUAGGGAUGUUGUUGGUCUGGGGACUCUUGUGGAAUUUUUAGCCUCCAAGUCACCAACCCAGGAACAGCCUGCCUCCGUCAUUCUGGUUUGUGCUAUAACAAAGGCCUUAUUGUUUGAGUCGCCUUUAUCUUGAGGGUUAGACUCACUCUUAUGGGGUGCUUUCAGAACAGUGGAAUGUUUGUGCACUUCAGGGGGAUGGGAUGAUGGUAGUCCUCUCUCUAGUUUGGUCCUUGUUUGCAUUGCUGCCCAAGGCCUGUAAGGAAAUUAUGUCAGGUUUUGUGGCUGAAUUGUAGCCUAGAUACAGGACAUUUUGUGGUGUUGGAGCUCACCCUGAAGAGGGGGCAGUUGUGACAACCUCUGGUACUUCUUGGAACCACAUAAAAUUGUUCUCUGCUUUGCAGGGGAUACUGUAUCGUGCUCAGCACCGGUGCAGGAACUCUGUACCCAGGUCCUGCAAACGAGUGAUGUACCCUGAUGUCCAGAAUUCUGUGUGGUAGUGUCACUGGCUGAAAGACUAUGGGGAAAUUAUCAUUGUAUACAAACAGUGGGUAAAUAGAA